AUGGAUGAAUACCACUGUAAUGCAUACCCACUGCUUUCUUUCUCUGCGUCAGAAUGUCUACCUUUUCCCAAUGAUCACCAACACUUCAAUGUAGAUUUUCAGUACUCAAACAUGCACGAUUUGAAUGGAAGCAAAUCAGAAGCCUUUGACAACGUUUUGCUCCACAAAUUUCAAAACAUUUCGAAGAAUGAAAUGUUGAAAGAAACAACCAUCGUGUACUGUCUUUCCCGCAUGGGUUUGCCUCAAAAUGCUCACGGUGUCGUGGUCGCAGAAGUGUUACGGUGUGCACGUGACAUGAUUCGUGACACAGCUCUCCGACAUAGACUUGUUCUUUGUAUGCGUGUGGAAAUCGGCAUUACUCGUGCAAACCAAGAUGGAAUAAGUGUCAGUGCAAACCAAGAUGAAAUAAGUGCCAGUGUUAUCGACAACGUUAGCGAUGAUGAUCAUUUUGAGGAAGCUGAGGAAUAUGGAUUCGAAGAAGACGAUGAAGAUUAUGGAUUAGUGCCUGCAGACAAGGCAUUUGUUGAAGGUUUGGAGAUGGUUCAACAAAAGGGUUCGGAAAGGUGUGCCAUUUGUUUCGAGGAUUUUCUUUUUGGUGUUCGUAUGCCUUGCUUGCAUGCGUUUCACAAAAGCUGCAUCACUGAGUGGUUGCAAAUAGGAAAUUCUUGCCCUUUGUGUCGCAUUCAUUUGCCUGCUCAAAGUGAUUGA